AGAUCUCUCGCAAACUUACAGAACCGGAAGUGGCGUGGAGCUCUCUUCCCUUUUGCGGCCAUCGCUGGAGCUGCAGCGGCCAACAUGAAGUUCAAUCCGUUUGUCACCUCUGACCGGAGCAAGAACCGCAAAAGGCACUUCAAUGCCCCUUCCCACAUUCGCAGGAAGAUUAUGUCCUCCCCUCUUUCCAAAGAGCUGCGGCAGAAGUACAACGUUCGCUCCAUGCCCAUCCGGAAGGACGACGAAGUACAGGUGGUGCGGGGACACUACAAAGGUCAGCAGAUUGGCAAAGUAGUCCAGGUUUACAGGAAGAAAUAUGUCAUUUACAUUGAACGGGUACAGCGAGAGAAGGCAAACGGCACCACUGUCCACGUGGGCAUCCACCCCAGCAAGGUGGUUAUCACCAGACUAAAACUGGACAAAGACCGCAAAAAGAUCCUCGAACGCAAAGCCAAAUCUCGCCAAGUAGGAAAGGAAAAGGGCAAAUACAAGGAAGAAACACUUGAGAAGAUGCAGGAAUAAAGUAAUCUUAAGUACGACGUGAAAUAAAAAACUGUUAAAAUGAUAAAACGA